GCGGAGCUCAGACUCGCGCGUCCGCUGGAGAAGGAGGGAGCCUCGCCCCGCCCCGCCCCGCGGGAGCUGUCCAGGCGUUGUGGUGCUGAACCAGGUGCCUGAGCCCGGCGCAGGCAGGGAGGCGCUCGGAGCCGCACACCCAUGGGAGCCGGAGCGGGGCUGGUCUGAGCCCAGCGGCCGCAGAGCGCUCCAGCCACCCCGCUGCUCCUCGGUCCGCCUGCCGGCCCGGCCCGGCCCGCGAUGGCGUUCAUGGUGAAGUCCAUGGUGGGCGGCCAGCUGAAAAACCUCACCGGGGGGCUGGGCGGAGAGGAGAAGGGCGAAGGGGAGAAAUCCCCGGCCGAAGCCCAAGGGAUGACGCGCGAGGAGUACGAGGAAUACCAGAAGCAGCUUGUGGAGGAAAAGAUGGAAAGGGACGCCCAGUUCGCCCAGCGCAAAGCAGAGAGAGCCACGCUCCGGACCCACUUUAGAGACAAGUACCGGCUCCCCAAGAAUGAAACGGACGACAGUCAGAUCCAGCUGGCAGGAGGGGAUGUGGAGCUCCCGAAGGAGCUGGCCAAGAUGAUCGAGCAAGACAAUGAGGAGGAAGAGGAAAAGGACUCUGUUAUCGGACAGCUGACCAAUAUCCAGAGCCUGGACCUUGAUUCCCUGAAGGAUAAAGCCCAGGCCACACUGGAGGACCUGAAGCAGUCAGCUGAAAAGUGUUCUGUCAUGUGACCUGGCUGUUUCCCUCGAUCUAACACCCCAGUCUUAACCGUGUAAUGUUGGGGGGAGGAGGGAUGCGACGGGUGGUCUGGGGGCAGCCGUGGUUUAGGAAAACUAGCCAGUGGGAGACCCACUGAGUUUGUCACCCUUACCUGUGUGAGUUGGAGACCUUUUCUACCCCCAUGCUCGGCCUAGAUUCCCUGAAACCAAUGCACGUGUCCUGUCCCUCUCGUGAAGCGUGGUUUCCAGCAGAAGGGCAGAGUCAGGAGGCAGCAUUGUCCCGUCCGCCCUUCCCCCAGGCGCCAGUCCUGCGGUGGGAUCUAAACCCGCUUGUGACAUUGGUUGACCGAGUUCCUCGUCCCAGUUUAGUAUUUUCGCGCAGAAGGGAGAGAGGCAUGUGAUGUGUGUUACGGAGCCAGGCCGGUGAAUGGGAGCAUGCAGACCUCUGCAGAGGAGCAGAUCGCUCGCCUCCUCUGCCUUCCCUCCUGUUGCGGUGACGCAGGCCUGGAGCAAAGCCCCCGGAGGCGAUGGUCAGUAUCCCCUGUUUUCCAGGCACAAGCUGUGACAGGGAAAUCCCCACAUCCAUAGCACCACCAAGAAACAACACUCCCGAGAGCAGCUUUCAGGCAUCCCUCGCCAAACACUCGGCAAAGGAGGGGCCAGUUAUAUCCGUCCCGUUUUAGAGAGGGGGAAACUGAGGCACAGAGCCGUUACACCCCGGUCAGAAGUAGGAUCAGGACUGGUGGGUGUGCAGUUGUCUGAGACCACAAUUGCCCUUCCGCGUAGGAACGUCACUUGCAGGAAACACGUUCAGCUGCCAUGUCACGUCCACAGUCUGGGACCGACUGUUAGUCGUGUUCCUUGAAGGAGAGAGCAGAAUUCAGCACCAUAUAGUGAGGGGGAAAUCUACCUGUCCAUUGUGAUGUACCCUUGCCAAGUUGUCGUCUGACUAUCUACCCCUUAUCUACCCUCCUUAUCCUAUGGUACCAAUGGAAUAAAUACCAGGACAUCUCUA